AGGACGGGGUUUAAUAAUUAUGGAGACAAGUGCGAGAGGAGAAGUGGAGAAGUGACUUUUUUACCUUGUUGUUAGGUGAAGGAGAAGGAGAAGGAGAAGGAGAGAAGAACUCAGUCACCACUUACCACUUAUUAGUUAUUACCACUCUGACUACCACCUACCACAUUUACACACUGAUCGAGCUUUGGAUAACAAAAGUACUUGCUGCCAACUGCUCUCUGCCUCCGCCGUAUAAAAUAGGCAACAGUCUUUAUUAUACUCAGUCCCGCAAAACCCCAAAAGGUGUGAUAUAUGAAUGAAUCUGUGAAAGAGAGAGAUUGAAAAUGGGGAGCGAGUUCGAGACCGAAAGCGAGUUGAGUGGGUUCGAGGAAGGUGUAUUGGAGACACUGAAGAGGUGCGAGCAGCGUAAUGAGACCACUCUCGUUUCUGCUAUGGAAGUUGCCAAAUGCUUAAGGUCUUGGCAAGUUCAGCUUCCCAGUCCUGAGUUAGGGCAACUCUUGGUCUCCCGUCUCUGCUCAUCUUCUUCUUCUUCUUCUUCUUCACUCUGGAAAUUCAUCGAACAAGCUCUCUCCUCUCGCCUCCUCUACCCACUCCAACUCCUCUCUCUCCUCACUUCUAGGGUACUUCCAAAUCGACGGUCUCAGCCCAAGGCGUAUAGACUCUAUCUUGAACUUCUGAGUCGGUAUGCAUUUUUGUUUUAUCCACUCAGUGAAGAUGCUUGCAAAGACAAGAUAAUAAAAUCUGUUGAUGUUGCCCUUCAACUAUCUCAGACAUAUAAAGUUCGUGUUCUGGAGGUUGGACAUGCAUUUGUGUUUUUCUUUUUCAGUAUUGUCAUUGGUUUGAUUGAUAGCACAUUGGAUGAUUGGGGUUUGCGAAUGACACCUAUAGAGAGACCUAGUGUAGCAGUCAGAAGCACAGAGCACCUUGAUAUGGACAUUGAUUUUAGAGGAAGCCCUGAUUUUAAAGGCAAUGAACAUCAUGAACAGAUGAGGAGGACGAAUUCAUUUAUGGCCAUAGAGGUGUUGGGAAAACUAACAGAGAGCAAAAAAUCUAUGGUUAUGCUCCGCCUUGUUCACUUGAACAUGCCUGAAAAGUUCAAUGGCCUCCUGCAGAGGCUGCGCUUUCUUGAAGCCCAUGAAUUGGUAUCCUCAAAUUUUAAUUCAGCCAACCAAUUAUUGGCAAAAUUAUCUGGCAACAUACAAAGAGUUUUGAGCUUUGAAUACCCGUUAAACAAGCGCCAACUCACUGGGAUGCUUGUCAAUAUUGCAUCAUGUAAGCCAUCACCUUGCUUCCACUCUGAAUUUGGCCGGUCUGCUUGUUGGGUUCCUUUUGAUAUUUACAUGGAGAAUGCAAUGGAUGGGAAACAACUCCUUAUCAAAUCUGCUGUUGAUGUACUAGCAGAGUCAAUUAAGACGCUCCAAGUAUUUAACCAGGCAAGCUGGCAAGAAACCUUCCUGGCACUUUGGCUUUCAGCCCUUCGGCUUGUACAACGAGAACGUGAUCCUCCAGAAGGUCCAAUUCCACAUCUUGAGACCCGUCUUUGUGUCCUUUUGUCUAUUGUCCCCUUGGCAAUUGCUAAUGUUUUGGAGGAUGAGGCCAAACUCUCUCAAGCUACUGCUACUGGAUAUGUUGAGUCUGCAUAUGGACAUAAAAUGAAUGGCAAGGCUCUUGCUUCAAGGAAAGACGGACUGAUUUCCUCUCUCCAGGUCCUUGGACACUUUUCUAGCCUUUUAUACCCUCCUGCAUUAGUUGUCGAUGCAGCUAAUAGUGCAGCUAGAAAAGCAGCUAGCUUCAUUUCUAGUGGCAAGAAUGAAAGGAAUAUUGUAGGUGGAGGCAGUCAUGUUGAUACUUCUAUAAGAGCAGGAGCCAACAUGAGGCACCUCAUAGUGGAAGCUUGCAUUGCAAGAAAUUUAAUUGACACAUCAGCAUAUUUUUGGCCUGGUUAUGUGUCUGCAUCAAUAAUCUCACUGUUAGAUUCAUUGCCAGUUGAAAUAUCCCCUUGGUCAACGUUUAUGGAAGGAGCACCAUUAAAUGCUUCUCUAAUAAAUUCCCUUAUAAAGACUCCUGCUUCAAGUUUAGCGGAGAUAGAGAAAUUAUAUUAUAUAGCUCUGAAUGGGUCAGAGGAAGAGAACUCAGCAGCGGCAAAGAUUCUAUGUGGUGCAUCUAUCAGCCGUGGAUGGAACAUUCAGGAACAUGUGGUGCACUUUCUGGUCAAGCUUCUUUCUCCCCCAGUUCCUCCUAGUUAUACUGGACCAGGCAGCCACUUAAUUGAUUAUAUGUCCAUGUUAAGUGCUCUUCUUUUUGGAGCUUCUGCUAUUGAUACUGUUCAUAUUCUUUCUUUGCAUGGUAUGGUCCCUGAAGUUGCAGCUUCAUUAAUGCCUCUUUGUGAGGCCUUUGGGUCACAAAAUUCCCCAUCAAAUAACAAAUCAAGCAAGGAUGAUGAGCCCUCAGUUUACAUGGUUUUUUCUUUAGCGUUUCUGUUUCUUCUUCGUCUGUGGAAAUUCUACAGGCCCCCUCUUGAGCAGUGCAUUUCAGAGAGAGGAGGAGUAGUUCGAGGGGAGCUUACUUUGGAGUAUCUUCUGUUAUUGCGCAAUAGCAGCAUUGCCUCGUGUCAGGUUGAUACAAAUAGCAAUCAAAACGAAUCUGAGUCAGCAUUAAGAAAGCCUAUAUAUAUUGAUUCAUAUCCAAAAUUAAGAGCUUGGUAUUGUCAAAACAAAUCUUGUGUAGCUUCAACGCUUGCUGGCCUCUCUAGUGGAAAUCCUGUUCAUCAAGUUGCUAAUAAGAUCUUAAGUAUGAUAUACUGGAAAAUGACUAAAAGUGGGUCCUCGUCGGUUAACUCUUCAACGCCAAGCAGCAGCAAUGCAUCCAGCUCCCUUGCAAAUACUGGAGAAGAUGCUUACCAGAGACCUAUGCUCCCUGCAUGGGAGGUAUUGGAAGCCAUUCCUUUUGUUCUUGAGGCAAUUCUAACUGCUUGUGCCCAUGGAAGGCUUUCAUCUCGGGAUUUGACAACAGGCCUGAGAGACCUUGUCGAUUUUUUGCCCGCAUCUCUUGCUGCUAUUAUUAGUUACUUCUCUGCAGAAGUUACUCGCGGUAUAUGGAAACCAGUUCAAAUGAAUGGAAAAGAUUGGCCCAGUCCAGCAGCAAUUCUUCCCUCAGUUGAGUCUGAAAUAAAAGCAAUACUUGCUGCUGCAGGUGUUGAUGUUCCAAGCUGUUCCGAUGGGAAUUCAAACUUGAUACUUCCACUGCCGAUGGCAGCUCUUGUCAGCUUAACUAUUACUUUUAAACUUGACAAGAGUAUGGAGUACAUACACGCUGUAGCUGGGCUAGCCUUGGAGAACUGUGCAUCAGGUUGCCAUUGGCCAAGCAUGCCUAUAAUUGGAUCUCUAUGGGCUCAAAAGGUCCGACGCUGGCAUGACUUCAUUGUUGUAUCAUGUUCUCGUUCUGUAUUCAGACAAAACAAAGAAGCAGUUGCACAACUCCUGAGAAGCUGCUUCACCUCAUUCCUAGGAUCACUUGACGUAUCAACUUCUUCAUUGAGCAAUCAAAGCAGUGUGAAUGGUCUGUUGGGAAGCACCAUCUCUGCCUGUGCCAUUUGUCCUUCUAUAGCACCUGGAUUUCUAUACCUUCGCUCUUGUCGGAAUAUACUCAAUGUCCAAUAUGUAAAUGAUGUCAUUGUAGGGCUUGUAGCAGAGUAUGCUGGGGAAUUAGCUGCCAGGUGGGGAAGCACGGACUCCCCUCGCUUGAAGUCUAAUCAAGCAUCAUUAUCCUUGGCCACUGCUAGGGCAAGGGAGGUGGCUGCACUAGGUGCAAGUCUGUUAUGUGUAACGGGUGGGGUCCACCUGGUUCAGGAAUUGUUCAGGGAUACUAUUCCAACCUGGUUGCUGUCUUCAAGAAAGAAGAGACUCCACAAGGUGAGCUCUGUGUCCCUAAUAGUGGAGGGGUACGCCAUGGCAUAUCUGUUGAUUUUGUCAGGGGCAAUUGUAUGGGGUGUUGAGGCGAAUUUGACAUCAUGGGUAUUCUGUAAAAGGGCUCGUAUUGUUGGGAUUCACAUGGAUUUUUUGGCAGGGGUAUUGGAAGGGAACAUCUCACUUGGGUGUGAUCCUGCCACUUGGAAAGCUUAUCUCUCUUGUUUAGUGGGUUUGAUGGUGAGCUUCACUCCAUCAUGGAUUCAAGAAGUGAAGCUAGAGACGUUGAGAAAAUUGGCCAAUGGAUUGAGAGGGUGGCAUGAAUGUGAGCUAGCCCUUUCUCUGCUUGAAAGAGGUGGAACUGCAGCCAUAGGAUCAGUUGUUGAAUUAGUGAACGUAAUUAGCUGAGUUUCAAAGUAAGAAUGUAGGAUUCGUUGAAUGUAAUCAGAGAGAGUUUGAUAGUUUAUGAAUGUAUUAUACGGGGUCUAUUAUGAGAAUUAUACAAGACUAGCAUAAUUUUCUUUUUAAAAUUUGUUCCU